AUGACUCUGGAAUCAUCGGUGAUGGGAUUUGAAGAUGCUUACCCCCACGAGAUCAGAGGCGACGACGAUGAGCGCCCGACAAAGAAGCGCCGGUUUUUCUCUGAAGAAAGUGAUGCGCCUGCACAGAGUAUUGAAGAACAAGUCGCGCCUAGCCAAACGACGCAGCCAAGUGGCGAUCUUACCUCCCCGUUAGAUUUACAGUCAGAGACAAACGGCGAAGAGGAAGAAAAAACAGAAACCCCGACUACGGACGGCUUCGAUUCUCAACUGUUUGCGAGUAUUGUUGGCGGAGAUGUAUCAAGCACAACGGUCGUCCAGGUCCGACAGGCCGCGGGAGACAAUAUGGAGAGAGCUAUCAAUAUGUUUUUUGAUGGAUCCUACAAAACAGCAAUCCGCGAGCAGCAUUCACAGGCAACGCUAUUACAACCGGGUCAACAAACUCAGCUUCCCUGCAGAAACGAGCAGAACGCUAGAAACGCCAACGCUACAAUCGAUCAACCAGCAAAUCCCCCGCGAGGUCGUUCGGAAUGGUUGCCAACCGAAGGAGCCCGGGUAUUUCCUUCUAUGCCUUUUCGACGAUACGUCGGAGCAUUCGGUGUCGGAGCAUGGGCCACAAGAAGCGGACUCAAUGUCAUUCGCCACGAGGAAAGAGUCAGGAUAGAGCGGACGAAACUGAGAUCGGCAAUAAAGCCUGGCCGCAGUGGACGACUGAUGCCGAAUCAGAAAGCCGACGUUCUGACUCGCUUUGUCAAUCGGCGAGGUGAAGAGAUAGGCCGCCUGCCUCAGGAGACUGCGGAAUGGGUCUCUACUCUGAUCGACCAGAAGAUAUGUGAUUUCGAAGGCGCCUGUGUAUUUGCACCUGAUCGUGUCAGAGUCAACGACACAAUAUAUCUUCAACUGCGCUGUUACCUCAAGGUUGAUGCUUUUAGACCUGACGCAUUCGGAAGCAUGGACGAUAAUCGGUCAACCACUCUCUUUGAGCAGCAAGAAAGCACAGAGGAACGGAAUUUGAGGAUCCGUCAGGUUGCCCUUGUGCGACUUUUUGACGAGAUUGGUCUGUUGCCGACUUCAACAAAUGAACUCACAGCCAAACAUAAAAAGGAGGGCCUUCUCCGUUCUGUCGAGAUUUCUGAAGUGUACGACAAAAAGAAAGAUAAACCUAAAGAGGCCACUGAUCUAGAGGAGUCAUCACCGGAAGAAGAGUCCGCCGAGCUGGAGGAAGAUCAUCUCGACACACUAUACAAAAAAGCCCAGUCGUUUGAUUUCAACACUCCAGAAGCUCAACCUGCACAAACGUUUGCAAUGGACCUUCGAAAAUAUCAAAAGCAAGCUUUGCAUUGGAUGCUUGCUAAAGAGAGGGACACUAGUUCCGGCAGGCAGUCAUCGAUGCAUCCCUUAUGGGAGCAAUACAAGUGGCCACUAAAGGAUGUAGACGACAAAGUCGUGCCGUGUGUGGUGCGACAAGAUUACUUUUAUGUGAACCCUUACUCUGGCGAGCUAAGCUUGGAUUUCCCCGUUCAGAAACAGCAUUGCCUAGGAGGUAUCCUGGCAGACGAAAUGGGGUUGGGCAAGACGAUCGAAAUGAUGAGCUUGGUCCACACGAACAGAGUGACUCCAGACCAUUAUACACGGACCAAUGAAUUUGAAGAGUUUCUAUCAACGUCUAAUCGAAUCGUUCCAGCUCCAUACACCACUGUAGUGGUGGCACCGACAUCACUUCUUGCGCAAUGGGAAAGCGAGGCUCAAAAGGCGUCUGCUCCUGGAACUAUCAAAACUUUGAUCUACUACGGAACAGACAGAACCGUAGAUCUAAAGACGCUCUGUUCACCGACGAACGGCGCCAAUGCCCCGAAUGUCAUUGUGACUAGUUACGGGGUGGUUUUGUCGGAAUUCCGCCGCUUUACUACUAACCCGCAAAACAACAGUGGACUUUUCUCCGUUGAAUUUUUCAGGAUAAUCCUCGACGAGGCACAUCUAAUCAAAAACCGGCGCUCCAAAUCUGCUAGAGCAUGCUACGAGCUCAAAGCCAAGCACCGAUGGGUAUUGACAGGCACGCCGAUUGUCAACCGUCUGGAGGAUCUAUUUAGUCUAGUACGUUUCCUCAAGGUCGAACCAUGGAGCAACUUUUCUUUCUGGAAAACGUUCAUCACGGUACCCUUCGAGUCAAAGGACUACAUACGGGCCUUGAAUGUUGUUCAAACCGUGCUCGAGCCACUUGUGCUACGACGAACCAAGACGAUGAAAACCCCUGAAGGUGAAGCGCUGGUCCCUCUUCCUCCUCGCACCGUCACUAUUGAAGAGGUCGAGCUUUCCGAACAAGAACGAGAUAUCUACGAUCUUAUCUACCACCGGGCAAAGAGAGCAUUCAAUGACAAUAUUGAAGCUGGCACUCUACUGAAAUCCUACUCAACUAUAUUUGCCCAGAUCUUGCGGCUGCGUCAGACGUGUUGCCACCCGGUCCUCACCAGAAACAAGAAUAUUGUUGCAGAAGAGGAAGACGCAGCAGCCACGGCGGAUUUCUUCAGUGAAAUGAAAGAUGACAUGGAUUUGCAAGAGCUUAUCAACAGGUUCACCAAGGAGACCGAAUCGGUAGACGUGAACAAACCCCAGGAUUCCAUGGCGCGGUUUACCACGCAUGCCCUGAGGCAAAUCCAAAGCGACAGCAGCGGAGAAUGCCCCAUCUGCUCGGAGGAGCCAUUGAUCGAGCCAGCCGUGACCGGAUGCUGGCACAGCGCGUGCAAAAAGUGUCUAGAGAGCUAUAUCCGCCACCAAACCGACAAGGGCGAGGUUCCGCGCUGCUUUUGUUGCCGUGCGCCAGUAACGCGGCAGGAUAUUUUUGAAGUUGUUCGACGCCAGUCGUCAAAUAGCAACAUACCAUAUGAAGUCGUCGAUAUCCCCGAAAGCAGCACACCGCCGACUUCGUCACAGCCUGCGCCUAAAAUAUCGCUACGACGGAUUUACCCCUUGUCGCCUUCUGCGCACACCUCUGCAAAGAUCCAUUCGUUGAUGACGCAUCUCUUGAAGCUGCCGCCAAACACAAAAUCCGUGGUGUUUUCUCAAUUCACCUCAUUUUUGGAUCUGAUCGGUCCACAGCUUACCAAAGCCGGCAUGACACAUUUACGGCUGGACGGCUCAAUGCCGCAGAAACAGCGAGCAGAAGUCUUGCGCCAAUUCACGCGCACCGAAAUCUACGAAGAGGAGCUAAACUCUGAGGAUGAUAUCGAAGCUGCCGCUUCUUCUAGUAAUAACAACAACAUCAACAACAAAAUCCCCGCUGGCCAAACACCGCCUACCCCCAGUAUUCUUUUGAUUAGUCUUCGCGCGGGAGGCGUAGGGCUGAAUCUGACAGCUGCCAACCACGUGUUCAUGAUGGACCCCUGGUGGAGUUUUGCGGUGGAGGCCCAGGCGAUCGACCGCGUUCAUCGUAUGGGCCAGCUGCGAGAGGUCUCGGUGACGCGGUUUGUCGUUAAGGACUCGAUUGAGACGCGUAUGCUUCGUGUCCAGGAACGCAAGAUGAAUAUUGCGGGCUCGUUGGGGCUGCGGGUGGGCGGCGAUGGCACAGAGGAUGACCGUAAGAAGGAUCGGAUUGAGGAGUUGAAGUUGCUGUUUGAGUGA